AAAUGGAAGGUUUUUAGCAGUUUUUCAGGCCCGUGAUUCAAAAUGUGGUAAAGGAAUGAAAAAAAUCUGGUGAGAUUCCUCUCAGAAUGCCCAAAAACUCAUCACAAUUUCGGAAUUUCGGAUCCAAAUGCAAAAAUCUGGAAUUUCAAUUCUGGAACUUUAAAGAUCUGAACCGCAGAUGUUGCCGCCAGCGUGCGCUAUAGACAGGAAUCCACCACCGUUGCUUCAGACCUCCAUGCCGCCGCUCGGGAUCUCACCAAGCCAUUGCUCCAAGCCGUAGCCGCCGUCGCUAGGAAAGCCAGAAGUGUGGCCCCCGUCAGCCGUCGAAUGCAUUCCGGCGCUGAUGUUCAGGUCGUUAGCCAGGGGCCCCGGAGUCCUGCAGGAGAUGACCGGCCAAGGUCUCUUCACGACUUGCGACCCGCAAGCCUGGAACAUCCAAAGAACACCACCCAUCUCAGGCAACGACGGACGAAGGCCCAUCAGAUGGCAGCGGCAGUAGACGGCUUCCGCUCCUCCAUCGGUGCCGCUGUUCUCUACCACAGUAACUCCGAUCACUCAAUCCUCCUAUCGUGCAGCAGUGAUGGCCAAAGGACCCUCUAUCUUCGGACUCCGGAUGAUUUCCGCUCUGUCAGCCAAGCGUGAAGGCACGGUGUUGGGCAAGCUAGGGUCAAAACGACACGCUGUCAGGACUUGGUUUUUGGGCCAAGAUCAUACCAAAAAAUUGAAUACGAAGAGCAAUAGUGAGCUGCAUUUACAGCAAUGCAUUCGGUCCAGUCCCCUACCAAAAGCUAAGUACUCUCUAUAAAUGCUCAUAUACGAAGUAUUGCACUACCAAAAGAAAAUUUGAUUUUAAAAAAAUCAUAAAUUGAAACACUUGAAAAGAAAGAUUAAGUGGUAUAAUUGCUUUUACUCUUUUUAAAUGUGUGUAAUUUUAACAUUGGAAAACUGACUUGCAGGGACGGAGCCAGCGAUUCAGUUCAGUGGUGUCAAAACUUCGUAAACUACUAUUUCUACAGUUUUUGAGUCAAUUUUCAAGUUUUAAAAUAGAGAAAAUAACUUUACGUGAUACUCCUGUUAAGAUUGUCUCAUCUUUCCUUUUCGGUUUAUCCCACUAAGAUUAUCUUUUAUCAAAUUAUGUAAAAUUUGUUUGAUUCUAAAUUAUUUUUACUUUAUUCUUACACUAUCAAUUCAAUAUCAAUCAUAGAAUUCACUUUUCUUAAUAACUGCGACACCUCCUUAUGUUCUAAUGUUAGUGUCAAAUAUUACUAACAGUAUCAACCAUGAAGGUAGUGUCAAUUAUCACCAAUAAUAAUAAUACAUAUCAAUUAAAUAGUUAUUUCAUAUCCUAACCACUCAAAUACAUAAUAAAAAUGAGGGAAAAGGUGCAAAUAGGCCCAUGUACUUACCAAAAAAGGUCAAAUAAGCCCUUAUUUAGGAGACUCUGUCCGGCCGUCAUCAUUUGGAGUGGUUCCCGGUGGAAUUUUUUGAUGAAAUUUUUUGAGCAUCUUAUUCAUUAAGUCUAGUUUACUCAUACCAAAUUUCAGCUAAAACUUCAAUCGGGAAGGCAUUCAAAUGAAUUCUUGAAGAUAACUGUGCUUCUAACUGCGCAGUUAUUUUCAAGAAUUCAUUUGAAUGCCUUACCGAUUGAAGUUUUAGCUGAAAUUUGGUAUGAGUAAACUAGACUUUAUGAAUAAGAUGCUAAAAAAAAUUCAUCAAAAAAUUCCACCGGGAACCACCUCAAAUGGCGAUGACCGGACAGAGCCUCCUAAAUAAGGGCUUAUUUGACCUUUUUUGGUUAGUACAUGGGCCUAUUUGCACCUUUUCCCUAAAAAUGAUACAAAGUCAUUUUCUGUUUCAAAUUCAACCAUUUAAAUCAUCAAAAAUUUAUUUUGAAGCAUCAAAAUAAAGCUUAUUUGAUGGUCAAAUAUGAUGCUUUUAUAGGUGCAAUGACACGGUUUGAUAUAAAAAAUUGCUCUGUAUUAUACGUAGUAUAUACUAUGUAUAUAUUUGACUUAAAUUCCAAAAUAUUUCUGAAAUAAACUUAUUUACAAAAAUAUCACUAAAAGUCAUUAUGAUAUAGUGUGAUUAUAUGUGAUAGAUAUGUAAUUAUUUCAUAUAUAUUUAUACUUUGACCCUCGUUGCAUUCAUAGAGAUGGUGUUAAAUUAAUUUUUAGAAUAGAAUACCUUUAAUUUAUAU